CCACUGCUAGCUGUAGCCGAGCGCUGUGAUGCAGCAGAUAAGCAAGCUAACACUGACCCCAAAAGGUCUGCUUUUAUAAAGUGGGGCACUUUGGACCGGUCUACUUGCUGGACUGAUGGCUCCAGAGUGACACGCCAUGGCGCUGAUGAUCCCCCCAGUUAAACUCAAAUGGCUGGAGCACCUGAACAGCUCGUGGAUCACGGAGGACAGCGAGUCCAUCGCCACGCGGGACGGGGUGUCGCUGCUCUACUCCAAGCUGCUGGCCAACAAAGAGGUGGUGCUGCUCCCCCAGCAGGUGCUGUGCCUGAAGGGCCCCCAGCUGCCGGACUUUGAGCGCGACUCCCUCUCCAGCGAUGAGCAGGAGCACUACCUGGACGCCCUGCUCAGCAGCCAGCUGGCCUUGGCCAAGAUGGUGUGCUCUGACUCGCCGUUCGCCGCCGCGCUGCGGAAACGCGUGCUGGUGCUGCAGCGCAUCUUCUACGCUCUCUCCAACAAGUACCACGACAAAGGCAAGGUGAAGCAGCAGCAGCACUCCCCAGAGAGCACCUCGGGUUCGGCUGACCUGCACUCCGUCAGCGAGCGCCCGCGCUCCAGCACCGACGCCCUCAUCGAGAUGGGCGUCCGCACGGGCCUCAGCCUGCUGUUCGCGCUGCUGCGCCAGAGCUGGAUGAUGCCGCCUCCCCCAGGCGGCGGCGGCGGCCAAGGAGCCAGCAUCAACCUUUGUAAUGACGUGAUCCAUACGGCCAUCGACGUGGUCAGCUCGCUGCCGCCGCUGUCUCUGGCCAACGAGAGCAAGAUCCCUCCCAUGGGUCUGGACUGCCUGGCCCAGGUCACCACCUUCCUGAAGGGCGUGACCAUGCCCAACUCCGGGGCGGACAUCUUAGGCCGCCGCCUGGCCUCGGAGCUGCUGCUGGGCCUGGCGUCCCAGAGGGGUUCCCUGCGAUACCUGCUGGACUGGAUAGAGAUGGCGCUGGCCGCGUCGGCUGUGGUGAGCAGCAUGGAGGAGGGCGCGCUGCUGCAGAGCCAGGAGGGCCUGAUGGGAUACGACUGCUUCAUGAACAUCCUGAUGCAGAUGAGGCGCUCCCUGGGCUCCACAGGAGAUCGCAGCCAGUGGAGGGAACCCACGAGGACCCCCGAUGGCCUCUGCUCCUUAUACGAAGCGGCGCUCUGCCUGUUUGAGGAGGUGUGUCGGAUGGCAUCAGACUACUCUCGCACCUGCGUCAGCCCUGACAGCAUCCAGACGGGCGAGGCUCCGGUGGUCUCAGAGACCUGCGAGGUGUACGUGUGGGGCAGCAACAGCAGCCACCAGCUGGUGGAGGGAACGCAGGAGAAGAUCCUGCAGCCCAAGCUGGCUGCCAGCUUCGCCGAUGCUCAGACGAUCGAGGCGGGUCAGUACUGCACGUUUGUGAUUUCCUCCGACGGCUCCGUCCGAGCCUGCGGGAAAGGUAGCUACGGCCGCCUGGGCCUCGGAGACUCAAACAACCAGUCGACGCUUAAGAAGCUGACCUUUGAACCCCACCGAGCCAUCAAGAAAGUGUCCUCGUCUAAGGGCUCGGACGGACACACCCUGGCCUUCACCACGGAGGGCGAGGUGUUCAGCUGGGGCGACGGCGACUACGGAAAACUGGGACAUGGGAACAGCUCGACUCAGAAAUAUCCAAAACUCAUCCAGGGGCCUCUGCAGGGGAAGGUGGUAGUGUGUGUGUCUGCUGGCUACAGACACAGUGCUGCCGUCAGUGAGGAUGGGGAGCUCUACACCUGGGGGGAGGGAGAUUUUGGCAGACUAGUUUUUCAUCAGUUGUUUCUCUUUUACCGCUUCCUACGGAAGAGGAUUAGGCCCAAAGUGGUGGAGGCCCUGCAGGGGAUGUUCAUCAGGAAAGUUUGUGCAGGAAGUCAGUCGUCUCUGGCGCUCACCUCCACCGGACAGGUCUACGCUUGGGGCUGCGGCGCCUGUCUGGGCUGCGGUUCGUCUGAAGCCACGUCCCUCAGGCCCAAAAUGAUAGAGGAGCUGGCUACGACCAGAGUGGUGGACAUCUCCAUCGGGGACAGCCACUGCCUGGCCCUCUCUCAUGACAACGAGGUCUAUGCGUGGGGAAAUAAUUCCAUGGGCCAGUGUGGCCAGGGCAACUCCACUGGCCCCAUUACUAAACCCAAGAAGGUGGUCGGCCUGGACGGGGUGGCCAUCCAGCAGAUCUCUGCAGGGACGUCCCACAGCCUGGCCUGGACCGCUCUGCCCAGAGACAGGCAGGUGGUUGCCUGGCAUCGGCCGUACUGUGUGGACCUGGAGGAAAGCACCUUCUCUCAUCUGCGCUCCUUCUUGGAGCGGUACUGUGAUGGCAUCAACAGCGACGUUCCCCCGCUGCCCUUCCCCUCGUCCAGGGAGCAUCAUAACUUCCUCAAACUGUGCCUUCGGCUUUUAUCCAAUCACCUGGCUCUGGCUCUGGCUGGGGGCGUGGCCACGAGUAUCUUGGGUCGGCAGGCCAGGCCACUGAGGAACCUUCUCUUUAGGCUGAUGGACGCCUCGGUGCCAGAUGAGAUCCAAGAGGCCGUCAUCGAGACGCUGUCUGUGGGGGCCACCAUGCUGCUGCCCCCGCUGAGAGAGAGGAUGGAGCUGCUUCACUCCCUGCUGCCUCAAGGCCCCGACAGAUGGGAGAGUCUCUCUAAAGGACAGAGGAUGCAGCUGGACAUCAUCCUGACCAGCCUCCAGGACCACACCCACGUAGCCUCGCUGCUCGGCUACAGCUCCCCGGCAGAUGGCCCUGAUGCUCUGUCCUCCGGCCCCACCUUCGCAGGGUACCCCGACCCCAGCUACGGCACCACGGGGGCCCCCCCAGACACCCACCUGGCUGAGAUCCUGAUGAAGACGCUGCUCAGGAACCUGGGCUUUUACACCGACCAGGCUUUGGGCGAGCUGGAGAAGAACAGCGAUAAGCUGCAGCAGCGCACCUCGUCAUCAGACAGCAGCCAGCCGGCUCACCUCCACCAGCUGCUCUGCUCCCUGCAGAAGCAGCUCCUGGCCUACUGUCACAUCAACGCCGUCACUGAGAACUCCAGCAGCGUGGCUCUGCUCCACAAGCACCUGCAGCUCCUGCUGCCUCACGCCACCGAUAUCUUCUCGCGCUCCGCUGCCCUGCUGAAGGAGAGCUCCUGGAACGGCAGCAUUCGAGAGAAGCUUCAAGACGUGAUCUUCGUGUCGGCGGCGGGCAGCAUGCUGUGUCAGAUCAUCAACUCGCUGCUGCUGCUCCCGGUUCCGGUGGUGAGGCCGCUGCUGAGCCACCUGCUGGACCUGCUGCCGCCGCUGGACCGACUCAACAGGCUGCUGCCGGCUGCGUCUCCGCUGGAGGACCAGGAGCUGCAGUGGCCUCUUCACGGUACGUCGGACGUGGCCGAGACGGCCGCAGGAACGUCGCUGCCGGCGCCAGCGCUGUCCUGGGUGUGGCUGGUGGACCUGGAGCGGACCGUGGCCCUGCUGGUGGGCCGCUGCUUAGGCGGGAUGCUGCAGGGCGCUCCCACCUCGCUGGAGGAGCAGGACACCGCCUACUGGCUCAAAACGCCGCUGUUCAGCAACGGCUUGGAGAUGGACACUGCUCAGCUGGAUUCCUGCAUCAGCUCCAUGCUGGAGGCGGCGCUUUCAGGGAACGAGGAGCAGAAGCCGAUGGACUGCCCUCUGCAACCGGACCUCGGCGUUCUGGUUGACCUGGCUCUGGGUUCCUCCAAAGAACCAGCCAACAGUCUGUGGAUCAACAUGCAGGACUAUGCCCUGAGUAAAGACUGGGACAACGCGUCCCUGAAUAAUGAGUCCCUGCUGGACACCGUCUCGAGGUUUGUGUUGGCAGCUCUGCUGAAGCAUACGGGGCUGCUGAGCCCAGCCUGCGGCGAGGGAAGGUACCAACCGUCCAAGUCUCUGGCAGAGGUCUAUCGCAGCGUCUAUAAAGUACGGAACCGCCUGCUGGCCUGUAAGAACCUGGACUUUAUCCAGACCAGGUCUUCGUCCCGGGAGAGACGGAUUUCAGACAACCAGGACUCUCUGGACAUGGACCCCCAGGAGCACUCGUUCACCCGCACCAUUGAUGAGGAGGCGGAGCUGGAGGAGAGGGCCGACCGCGAGAGAGAAGACGGACACCAGAAUCAGGACGAGGAGGAGGAGGACCGGGAUCACGAAGUGAUGACAGCUGGAAAAAUCUUUCAAUGUUUCCUCUCAGCACGGGAGGUAGCUCGCAGUCGGGACAGAGAGCGGGCCAGCAGCAGUACGGGCCUGGGAUCUGGCUCGGGAUCUGGGUCCCGGAGCGGAGCGGCAGCAUCGGGAGGAGGAGAGGAGGAGGUCGCUCUGUCGCAGGAGGAGAGGCGGGGCAGCGGGGGUCUCCCGGAAGGCCAGGAUCUCUACACCGCCGCCUGCAACUCCGUGAUCCACCGCUGCGCCCUGCUGCUGCUGGGGGUCAGCCCGGUUCUGAGCGAGCUGAGCAAACAGAACCAGGAGGAGGGCCCGGCCCAGUCCGCCACAGGAACACAGGAAUGUCUGGGCUUCAUGACCAGGAGCGAGAGUCUGAGUGCCGAGAGCCGCUCUGUGCAGAACAGCCCCGGCUACCGCCUCAUGAAGUCCAGGAGCGAGUCGGAUCUGUCCCAACCGGAGUCUGAUGAGGAGAGCUACAGCCUGAGCGGACGAAGGAACGUGGACCUGGACCUGGCCUUCUCUCAUAAGAAGCGAGGAAUACUCCACAGCUCUCCCGACUCCCUGGCCGAGUCCUGGUUCAGGUCUAAGCUCAGCCACCAGCGCAGCUACGGCUCGGCCCACUCGUACGAAGAGUCGGACCUGGACCUGAACCGCUCCCUGGGGAUCCACGCUCUCAUCGACAACAUGGUCAGCUUCAUCAGCGGCGACGUGGGCCUGGCUCCGGCCUUCAAGGAACCGGAGGAGGGGAUGUCCACCAGUCCACAGGCAGCCAUCUUGGCCAUGGAGCAGCAGCAGAGCAGGGCGGAGCUGCGGUUGGAGGCGCUCCAUCAGAUCGUUGUGCUGAUCUCCGGCAUGGAGGAGAAAGGCAGCCAGCCGGAGAGCGCCGACCGCUCCAGCGCUGCCUUCCAGUCCUCCUCCCUGCUCACCUCCGUCAGGCUGCAGUUCCUGGCGGGAUGUUUCGGUCUCGGCACCGUUGGCAGCGGAGGUCUGAAGAGGGAGAGCGUGCAGCUGCAUCACUACCAGGAUGGGAUUAAAGCAGCAAAGAGGACCCUGCAGAUGGAAAUCCAGACGGCCGUCCAUAAAAUCUAUCAGCAGCUGUCGGUCACACUGGAGAGAGCUCUGCAGGCCAACAAGCACCACAUCGAAGCUCAGCAGCGCCUCCUGCUGGUGACUGUGUUUGCGCUCAGCGUUCGCUACCAGCCAGUGGACGUGUCCCUGGCCAUCUCCAGUGGACUUCUCAACGUGCUUUCUCAGCUGUGCGGCACAGAGACCAUGCUGGGCCAGCCCCUGCAGCUGCUGCACAAACCGGGCGUCUCUCAGCUCAGUACGGCCCUGAAGGUGGCCGCCACCCGCCUGCUGCAGAUCCUGGCCAUCAGCACCGGGACCUAUGCGGACAAGCUGAGUCCCAAAGUGGUCCAAUCCCUGCUGGACCUGCUGUGCAGCCAGCUGAAGAACCUGCUGUCCCAGGCAGGAGGGGGGCGGCUGUCUGUGGGGAAGGACGAGGAAGACGGCAAGCAGGACGACAGCCCCGAAUCCGAGAAGAAGGACUUCAGAGCUCUAAUCAGAAAGCAGCACACUGCAGAGCUCCACCUGGGGGACUUCCUGGUCUUCCUACGGAGGGUGGUCUCCUCCAAGGCCAUCCAGUCCAAGAUGGCUUCUCCCAAAUGGACGGAGGUUCUGCUUAACAUCGCGGCUCAGAAGUGCUGCUCAGGGGUCCCUCUGGUGGGGAACAUGAGAACUCGGCUCCUGGCUCUGCAUGUCCUGGAGGCCGUCCUGCCGGCCUGCGACGUCAACAUGGAGGAAGACCAGCUGUCCCAGGUGGUGGAGCGGCUCUUCUCUCUGCUCUCAGACUGCAUGUGGGAAGCUCCGGUAGCUCAGGCCAAACAUACCAUCCAGAUCAAAGAAAAGGUCCAGGAGCUGAAGCUCCAGGGGGAUGCAGAAGAGGAAGAUGAGAACCUUCCUGUUCAGGAAGUUUCCUUUGACCCGGAGAAGGCUCAGUGCUGCGUGGUGGAGAACGGCCAGGGUCUGACCCACGGCAGCGGAGGGAAAGGUUACGGCCUGGCCUCCACUGGGAUCUCCUCAGGAUGCUACCAGUGGAAGUUCUACAUCGUGAAGGAGAACCGAGGAAACGAGGGAACAUGUGUGGGAGUGUCCAGGUGGCCCGUCCACGACUUCAACCACCGCACCACGUCCGACAUGUGGCUGUACCGGGCGUACAGCGGAAACCUGUAUCACAACGGGGAGCAGCCGCUGACGCUGAGCAGCUUCACACAGGGAGACUUCAUCACCUGCGUCCUGGACAUGGAGGCCAGGACCAUCUCCUUUGGCAAGAAUGGGGAGGAGCCCAAACUGGCCUUUGAAGAUGUGGACGCAACAGAGCUUUAUCCGUGCGUGAUGUUCUACAGCAGCAACCCAGGAGAGAAGGUGAAGAUCUGUGACAUGCAGAUGAGGGGAACGCCACGCGACCUCCUCCCCGGCGAUCCUGUCUGCAGCCCCAUGGCCACCGUUCUGGUGGAGGCCACAACCCAGCUGAUCCGCAUUCUGCACCGCACCGAUCACUGGACCCAUCGCAUCAACAAGAUCAUGAUCGAGCGGCUGCACAAGAUCAAGCCCUGCUUCAGGGAUGCGGCCGGCGCCUCGGGGGGCAGCGGGGGCCAGAGGCUGAAGAAGAGUCGCUCGGUUCAGAGCCGGGAGGAGCACGACGCCCAGAGGGAGAGCCAGGAGACGCCCACUAAGACAGAGGAGGACAGAGGGAGGCACGGCCGGCAGCACGGGCUGGGGGAGCUGUCUGAGCAGCACCUGAGGAGCCUGUGCACAGACGUGUGGCCGGUGCUGGCCGUGAUCGGCGGGGCGGACGCCGGGCUCCGGGUGGGAGGCAGGUGUGUGCACAGACAAACCGGGAGACACGCCACCCUGCUGGGGGUGGUGAAGGAGGGCAGCAGCUCGGCGAAGGUCCAGUGGGACGAGGCUGAGAUCACCAUCAGCUUCCCAACUUUUUGGUCGCCUAGUGACACUCCGCUCUACAACUUGGAGCCCUGUGAGCCGCUGCCAUUUGACGUUGGACGACUGCGGGGCCUCACCGCGUCGCUGUUGUUAGACCUCACCUACCUGACCAGCAUCCACGAGGAGACCGCCACCAAACUCGGCACAAGGCGCCACGAGAAGAAGCACCGCAACGCUGCCUCUGUGGGGCACGAUCCGAUCGGCACAGAGGACAAGCCGGACGGCGAGGGCCAUGGCCGCAUGGAGCAGAGGGCGAGUAAUGGAGCCGCUGUCGCGGUCUCCUCUGAGCUGAGGGUGUCUCACAGCCUGGAGGAGGUCAAAGCUCACCUGGCGCCAAACUCCAAGUCUGAGAGCGAAAUCUCGUCUGUGGCUGGGGGCGGGAACGAAACCCUCUUCAGUUCAACUCCUAAUACUGAGGGGGGCAGGAAGAAAGGCCACGAGCACGGCUCCAGAAGCCACGAGCCGGCCGCCAUCAGCACGCAGUCCGAGAUCCACGCCGUGCAGCUGUCCUACCUCUACCUGGGAGCCAUGAAGACCCUGAGUGCUCUGCUGAGCUGCAGCAAGUAUGCAGAGCUGCUCCUCAUCCCCAAGGUGUUACCAGAAUCAGCUCCCAGCGGCCAUAACGCCGAUCUGAACGCCGGCGCCCCCAGCAGCGCCGCGCCCACCUCGCCCGUCUGCCAGGAGGAGGUGGAUAUGCGGGCCGCCCUGCAGUUUCUGAUGCGCCACAUGGUGAAGCGCGCUGUGAUGCGCUCCCCAAUCAAGCGGGCCCUGGGGCUGGCGGAUCUGGAGAGAGCGCAGGCCAUGAUCUACAAACUGGUGGUGAACGGGCUGCUGGAAGAGCCCAGCGGGGGAAAGACCAAGCUGGGAGUGAGGAGUGACCCUGAGGGGGAGGGGGAGGUCCCUGAGGGGGAGCAGCUGGCUCAGACCCCCAUCACCACCAGCCCCUCAGCCUCCAGCACCACCUCCUUCAUGAGCUCCUCCCUGGAGGACACCACCACGGCCACCACGCCCGUCACCGACACAGAGACCGUCCCUGCCUCCGAGUCUCCUGGCGUCAUGCCGCUCAGCCUCCUCAGGCAAAUGUUCUCCAGCUACCCCACCACCACCCUGGUCCCGACCCGGCGAGCCCAGACUCCGCCCGUGUCUUCUCUGCCGACGUCUCCGUCAGACGAGGUGGGCCGCAGGCAGAGCCUCACCUCUCCGGACUCCCAGCCCAGCAGGCCUCAGAACCGAGCCGGAACAUCUCUGUCAGACCCCAGCAGCAGGCUGUCCACCUCCCCCCCACCACCGGCCAUCGCCGUGCCUCUGCUGGAGAUGGGCUUCACCCUGCGUCAGAUCUCUAAAGCUCUGGAAGCCACAGGUGCUCGAGGAGAAGCGGACGCCCAGAACAUCACGGUGCUCGCCAUGUGGAUGAUCGAACAUCCUGGCACAGACGACGAGCGGGACGAGCCCCACGCCAGAAACGGCACGCUUGGAGGCGACGGCUCCGACUCCUCCUGUCCAGGAGCAAUGGCGUCCACUGGAGGAAAAUCCUUGGAGAGGAACUCGUACCUGUGUUCUCCUGCAGACGUUGCCGGCGCUGAUGCGUCAGAGAUGGAGGAGGGCUUCAGUGAGAGUCCUGAAGGUCUGGAGCAGGACAGCGCAUCGGCGUCCAGUGGCGCCCCCAUCGGUAGACGCUCUGCAGCUGGACGCAAGCACCGCUUUGACCUGGCUGCACGCACGCUGCUGGCACGCGCUGCCGGGCUGUACCGCUCGGUUCAGGCCCACCACAGCCAGUCCCGUCGGGACGUCUCUGCUCUGCAGCAGCAGCAGCAGGAUCCGGGUGCCUUAUAUGACUUCAACCUGGACGAGGAGCUGGAGAUGGACCUGGACGAGGAGACCAUGGAGGCCAUGUUUGGCCAGGACCUAGCCAGCGACACGGACAUUCUGGGAAUGUGGAUCCCGGAGGUACUGGACUGGCCAACAUGGCACGUCUGUGAGGCCGACGACCGCGACGAGGUGGUGGUGUGCGAGCUCUGCGAGGCCAACGUGGCCAACUUCAACCAGCACAUGAAGAAGAGCCAUCCCGGCUGCGGGCGCAGCGCCAACCGGCAGGGUUACCGAAGCAACGGCUCGUACGUAGACGGCUGGUUCGGAGGAGAGUGCGGCAGCGGGAACCCGUACUACCUGCUGUGUGGGAGCUGCAGGGAGAAAUACCUGGCCAUCAAGAGCAAGGCCAGAGUCCCCGCCGUGGAGAGGUACAAGGGUCAGGCGCCAGACCUCCUGGGGAAACAGGACAGCGUUUACGAAGAGGACUGGGACAUGCUGGAUGUGGACGAAGACGAGAAGCUGACGGGGGAGGAGGAGUUCGAGCUGUUAUCUGGUCCGUUGGGUCUGAGCGAGCGAAGGAUCGUUCCUGAGCCCGUCCAGUUCCCUGACAGCGACCCCCUGGGGGCCUCCAUCGCCAUGGUGACGGCCUCCAACAGCAUGGAGGAGACACUGCUGCAGAUAGGAUGUCAGACCUCGGUGGAUAAGAGCUCCUCAGGCAGGAUGACGCUGGGAGAGCAGGCCGCCGCCCUCCUGAACCCCCACGACCGCGUCAUGGCGCUGAGGAGGGUGACGGCUGCAGCUCAGGUGCUGCUGGCCAGGACCAUGGUGAUGAGGGCGCUGUCCCUGCUGUCUGUCAGUGGGUCCAGCUGCAGCCUGGCUGCAGGACUCGAGUCCCUCGGCCUAACCGACAUCAGGACUCUGGUCCGACUCAUGUGCCUUGCCGCUGCGGGUCGAGCCGGCCUCUCCACCAGUCCGGCAGCGGGUCUGGGCCACUCGGAAAGGCCCCGGGGGACAAGCAAGGCCAGCAAACCCAUCUCCUGUCUGGCCUAUCUGAGCACAGCCGUGGGCUGCCUGGCCUCCAACAGCCCCAACGCCGCCAAGCUGCUGGUGCAGCUCUGCACACAGAAUCUGAUCUCUGCAGCCACCGGCAUGAACCUGACCACGGUGGAUGACCCCAUCCAGAGGAAGUUCCUGCCCAGCUUCCUGCGCGGCGUGGCUGAGGAGAACAAGCUCAUCACAUCCCCGAACUUUGUGGUGACGCAGGCCCUGGUGGCCCUUUUGGCCGACAAGGGGGCCAGGCUGCGGCCGGUCUACGACAAGGCCGACCUGGAGAAAAGAGGCCCUCUGGAGCUGGCCAACGCUCUGGCGGCCUGCUGCCUGUCAUCCAGGCUGUCCUCUCAGCACCGUCAGUGGGCAGCCCAGCAGCUGGUCCGCACGCUGGCGGCCCACGACCGCGACAACAACCAGAGCCGUCCGCAGACCUUCGCUGAUAUGGCGGGGGACCUGCGGAAGUGCUCCUUCAUCAAGCUGGAAGCCCACCAGAGCAGGGUCAUCACCUGCAGCUGGUGCAGCAAGAAAGGCCUGCUGGCUACCAGCGGCAAUGACGGGACGGUCCGAGUGUGGAACGUGACGAAGAGCCAGUACACGCUGCAGCAGACCUGCGUCUUCAACAAGGAUGAUGGCUCCUCGGAGGACGGGAUGUCCGGUCUGGGCUCCCCCAGCGACCCCUGCCUGUCUCCUCUGGCCUGGAGUGUGACUGGAAGAUAUCUGGCAUCAGCCAUGGAGAAAAUGGUCAACAUCUGGCAAGUUAACGGCGGUAAAGGCCUCCUGGACGUCCAGCCUCACUGGGUGUCAGCGCUGGCGUGGCCGGAAGAGGAGGCAGAGUCUUUGUGGUGCGGGGAGCCCAAAGAUAUGCUGCUGGUGGGUCGGAUGGAUGGAUCUCUGGGUCUCAUAGAGGUUCUGGAUGCAGCGGACAUGCACCGCGUGGAGCUGGAGCACUGCUACAGGAAGGAUGUGGCAGUGAUGCACAUCGCCUGGUUCAGAGAGGACCGUCCGUUCGCCGUGGGCUACGCCGACGGAAAGCUGCUGAUCGGCUCCAAAGAGCCGUUGGAGAAAGGAGCCAUCGUGGUCAUCGACGCGCACAAGGAGUCCAUCACCAGUAUGAAGUGGAGCCCAAACGGCCAAAUCUUACUGACCUGCGCUAAGGAGGAGACCGUGAAGCUGUGGGCGGCCUGGGACUGCGAUUCAGGUCGUGGUUCCGGCUGGAGCUGCCUGCAAAGUCUGCGACAUCCGUCCCUGGUUAACAGCGUGGCCUGGUGCGGUCUGUCCGGACGAGGACCGCAGCCCCUCAGCAUGCUCGCCAUAUGCUGCCAGAAUGGCCUGGUCUCUGUCUGGACCGUCCCUCAGGAAAUCCGCCGCUUCCCAGAAGCCUGUAUGUCUGAUUCAGAGGGAGUGUGGGAGCACGACAGCAAACCUAAAGCAAUGAAACCAAAGGUUUUGAUGAACUGGACAGCAGCGUCGUAUCUCCAUCUGUCAGAGACAAUCUGGUUGACGACUAAAACUAAAAUAGUUCUUGUUGUAAAACUUAAAAAAGUCCUCUGGGUCAGAUGUUUAGAUCAGGUUCUGCAAAGACCAGGUAAAGUCAGCGUCUCCUUUCCUCUGCAGCCUCAUGUGGUCUGUGGGGAGCAGCUGGUCCACAGCCCCUACAUGCAGUGUUUGGCCUCGCUGGCCGUGGGCCUCCAUCUGGACCAGCUGCUUUGCCGCCCACCCGUCCCGCCUCACCUCCGGCGCUGUCCCCCAGAGUCCGGUACUGCUGUCUGGACCGCCAGCGAAUGGGCCUGGCUGGAUGGCUUCUCCACCACCAUCAAGGCGGCCGAGGCCCUUGCCCGUCGAGCCACGUUCCCCGACUCCUUCUGCGUUCCCGACCUGGAGCCGGUUCCCAAGGAGGAGAUGGUUCUUGUGAUGGACAACGGGAAAUGGGCGUCUGGGAUGGACGAGCAGAUCAUGUCCUGGGCCACGACCAGACCUGAGGACUGGCACCUGGGGGGGAAAUGUGACGUGUUCCUGUGGGGAGCAGGUCGGCACGGCCAGCUGGCCGAGGCCGGCAGAAACCUCCUGGUUCCGACCACUGCCCCGUCGUUCUCACAGGCCCAGCAGGUGGUGUGUGGCCAAAACUGCACCUUUGUGAUUCAACCCAACGGGUCGGUUCUGGCCUGCGGAGAGGGCAGCUACGGCCGCCUGGGUCAGGGGAACUCUGACGACCUGCACGUCCUGACCAUCAUCUCUGCCCUCCAAGGGUUCGUGGUGACCCAGCUGGUGACGUCAUGUGGCAGCGACGGCCACUCGAUGGCGCUGACAGAGAGUGGCGAGGUCUUCAGCUGGGGGGACGGAGACUAUGGCAAGCUUGGCCAUGGGAACAGCGACCGGCAGCGCCGCCCGCGGCAAAUCGAGGCUUUGCAGGGGGAGGAGGUGGUUCAGAUGUCCUGUGGGUUCAAACACUCGGCCGUGGUGACUGCCGAUGGGAAGCUGUUCACCUUUGGGAACGGAGACUACGGCCGCUUGGGGCUGGGAAACACGUCCAACAAGAAGCUUCCGGAGAAGGUGGCGUCUCUGGACGGGUACCAGGUUGGACAGGUGGCCUGCGGUCUAAACCAUACGUUGGUGGUCUCUGCUGACGGGGCAAUGGUUUGGGCCUUCGGUGACGGCGACUACGGCAAACUGGGACUGGGGAAUUCCACGGCCAAGUCUUCUCCUCAGAAGGUGGAGGUUCUGUGUGGCGUCGGGAUCAAGAAGGUGGCCUGUGGAACCCAGUUUUCCGUGGCGCUGACCAAAGAUGGCAAAGUUUUCACCUUCGGCCAAGACCGCCUCAUCGGGUUGCCAGAAGGCCGAGCUCGGAACCACAACCGACCCCAGCAGGUGCCAGCGCUGUCAGGGAUCCACAUCCAGGAUGUGGCGGUCGGAGCCGAACACACACUGGUUCUGUCGUCCGGCGGAGACGUUUACGCCUGGGGCAGCAACUCAGAGGGACAGCUGGGUCUGGGCCACACCAACCACGUCAGAGAACCAACGCUGGUGACAGCGCUGCAGGGGAAGAACAUCAACCAGAUCUCUGCUGGACGCUGUCAUAGCGCCGCCUGGACAGCUCCCUGCGUGCCGCCACGGGCGCCAGGGUCGUCGGUUCCGCUCCAGCUGGGGCUGCCGCUGGCGGUGCCCCCUCAGUACAGCGGGCUGAAGGAGGUGAGCAUGGAGGCGGUCCGCGCUCGGCUCCGCCUCCUCUACCACUUCUCGGACCUCAUGUACUCAUCAUGGAGGCUGCUGAACCUCAGCCCCAACUACCAGAGCUGCACCUCCCACUACAACGCCGGGACCUGGGGAAUCGUCCAGGGCCAGCUGAGGCCCCUGUUGGCCCCCCGGGUCUACACCCUGCCCAUGGUCCGCUCCAUCGGUAAGACCAUGGUCCAGGGGAAGAACUACGGACCCCAGAUCACCGUCAAACGGAUCUCUACUCGUGGCCGUAAAUGUAAGCCCAUCUUCGUCCAGAUCGCACGGCAGGUGGUGAAGCUGAACGCCUCGGACCUGCGGCUGCCAUCCCGGGCCUGGAAGGUGAAGCUGGUGGGGGAGGGGGCGGACGACGCGGGGGGCGUGUUUGACGACACCAUCACAGAGAUGUGUCAGGAGCUGGAGACGGGCGUGGUGGACCUGCUGAUCCCAUCGCCUAACGCCACCGCAGAGGUCGGCUACAACAGAGACAGGUUCCUGUUCAACCCGUCCGCCUGCCUGGAGGAGCACAUGCUCCAGUUCAAGUUUCUGGGCAUCCUGAUGGGCGUGGCCAUCAGAACCAAGAAGCCUCUAGACCUGCACCUGGCGCCGCUGGUCUGGAAGCAGCUGUGCUGCAUCCCGCUGCAGCUGGAGGACCUGGAGGAAGUGGACCUGCUCUACGUCCAGACGCUGAAGAGCAUCCUUCACAUUGAAGACAGCGGCAUCACCGAGGACAGCUUCCACGAGAUGAUUCCUCUGGAUUCUUUCGUGGGGCAGAGCGCAGACGGGAAGAUGGUUCCCAUCAUUCCGGGAGGAACCAGCAUCCCGCUCACGUUCUCCAACAGGAAGGAGUAUGUGGAGCGAGCCAUCGAGUACCGGCUGCACGAGAUCGACCGACAGGUGGCGGCGGUCCGUGAGGGAAUGUCGUGGAUCGUUCCGGUGCCGCUGCUGUCCCUCCUCACGGCCAAGCAGCUGGAGCAGAUGGUGUGCGGCAUGCCGGAGAUCUGCUGCGACGUUCUGAAGAAGGUGGUCCGGUACCGGGAGGUGGACGAGCAGCACUCGCUGGUCCAGUGGUUCUGGCAGACGCUGGAGGAGUUCUCCAACGAGGAGCGGGUGCUCUUCAUGCGCUUCGUGUCCGGGCGCUCCAGGCUUCCCGCCAACACGGCCGACAUCUCCCAGAGGUUCCAGAUCAUGAGGGUGGACCGGCCCUACGACAGCCUCCCCACCUCCCAGACCUGCUUCUUCCAGCUCCGCCUACCGCCGUACUCCAGCCAGGCUGUCAUGGCCGAGCGGCUGCGCUACGCCAUCAACAACUGCCGCUCCAUCGACAUGGACAACUACAUGCUGUCCCGUAACGUGGACAAUGCCGAAGGCUCCGACACGGACUACUGACCUGCGUCUGCGCCGCGCCUGCCAUGGCGAACUCUUUUACAUCCCUUUGAACCUUCAUUUCUCUCUGUGGUUCAUUUGUUUUUAUUGUGAAAAUCCACAGGAAGUGCAUCGCAUUUUGUUUCCUUCCACAGAGCCGCGUUGGGACGCUGUACAGGACAUCUGAGAGCAGCAGCGCUCAAGUUGUACAUUGUGUAAAAUGCUUCGUUAGGAACAUGUUUGGCAUUGUUUCCAUAUUUAUUGUUUUGGUUGGCCGCAGCAAGUUUCCCAAAGCAAACAAACAAAAAAAAAAAACAAUAAAGAUGCUGCAGAACUGA